GCAGUGCUGCCAACAUUGCCAAAUAGUCCUCCAUCUUGGGGCAGGUGAUGUUUAUUGAGAUAUAAUAAAUUUGCAAAAUAUCGUAAAUUUAAUCUCAAAAUGGGUUAUUCUUUUGUUCCCAUCACAGUUUUCACUGUUCUGUGGGGUGUAGUUGGCAUUGUUUGCCCUUUCUUCGCCCCCAAGGGUCCUAACAGAGGGAUCAUCCAGGUGGUGUUAAUGCUAACAGCAGCUACGUGCUGGUUAUUCUGGCUGUGCGCGUACAUGGCGCAAAUGAACCCGCUCAUCGGGCCCAGACUCAACAACGAGACGCUAAUCUGGAUGUCGCAAACUUGGGGAAACGACUUCAACAAAACCCAAGGUUAAAUCGAAUGAAGAAACAGUCUUCAAUACCUUAAGUAAUUUAUUGCUUAUUUUCCUACCAAUUGUAUGUAAGAAUAACAAGAGAUCCGUAUCAAGAUAAAAAUUUACACACUAACCUUCCUUCUGGUCAAUAUACCUAUUCAAAGUUUCAAACUUGUAAUUUUAACUCAACUCAUCAAAAGCGUGAAUCUACGCUCAAGUUUUUAUCUUAAGUUUGAGUAAUAUAAUGUCACAAUCCUCUGGAAGUUAAUAAAAUAACGAAAAUAUAUUUAAAAUGUACAUUGGCAUUAACUUUGAUGUUUAAAAAAACUUUGUAAGCGGAUAUCAUUCCAUGUUGUUGCUGUAAUGAAAAGUGUAUGUAAAAAUGUAUUAAAUAAUAAUAAUUGUAGAUAAAUAUUUUAUUUCAAUAAAUUUAUGUGAGUUGACAAA